CUUAUAAAGCGCAAGACCUGUAAAAGGCAGUAUGUACACAUUGAGGAGACUCUAAUAGUUAAUAAGGAAGGUAGUAGUUAUAAGGAUAGCAAGACGCCUGCAAAGAGGGUGCGCGCAGAGAGGCGCUGCAGCUGUUGCAGCGAAAUUAGGCAUAACUCCUACACCUUUAAGGUAGAAAUUAAGGACAUAGAUAAUAGCAACGCUUCUGAAUAA